AUGAGAGCAGAGAACACAGAAAAAACCAUGAACCGGGAUCCUAUGUAUCGCAAGGAGGGCCGCGCAUUAGGCGUCGUCUUCGAAAAUGUCACUGUUAUUGGUGUUGCCGCUGGAGUUGAUGGUAUCAUGACUCUUCCAGCCAUGAUCAACAAGAUAGUUCAAUGGCCCGUGACAGUCCUGACUCAAAUGACUGGGAAAAGAAAAACGCCAACUACCCAGAUCAUUCGCGAUGCUAACGGAGUGGUCUUCCCUGGCGAAUCAAUGCUAGUUCUGGGAAGACCUGGCGCCGGCUGCACAACCCUGCUCAAGACUUUGGCCAACAGUCACGGGUCAUUUCUGGAAGUACAGGGUCAAUUGGCAUAUGCUGGUCUUUCGGGCAAAGAGAUGGCACAUCGAUAUCGGUCCGAGGUAGUCUAUGCAAAUGAGGAAGACUUCCACUUCUCUACUCUGACAGUCAAGAACACUAUGGAGUUUGCCCUCCGGCUGCGGAAGCCCGCAAACGAAACGCGCUCGGACUCGGACUUUGCCCGCGAAAAUACCGAUGCCUUUCUAGGUUCUGUUGGGCUAUCACACACCGCCGACACGAUUGUAGGAGACGCCUUUGUUCGAGGUGUUUCUGGAGGCGAGCGCAAACGUGUCACCUUAAUUGAGGCUUUGUCGGCAAAUCCCGCGGUAGCGGCAUGGGACAAUCCUACCCGUGGUUUAGACAGUUCGUCGGCUACGGAGUUUGUGCAAUUUGUCACAUCAACUGCUCGUGAUACCGGAAUGAGCAACAUCGUGACUAUGUACCAAGUGUCAGAGACCAUCUACGAUUGCUUUGACUGGGUUACUGUGCUUUACGAUGGGCGGACCAUCUUCUGCGGCAAGACAGACCGAGCUAAGGAAUACUUCAUUCGACUAGGCUUUGAAUGCCGUGAUCGCCAGACGACCCCAGAUUUCCUGACCUCCGUCACUUCGCCAGCUGAUCGCCUCAUUCGAAAGGAUGCUGCAGGCAUCGUCCCGACCGAUCCUGAUCAACUGGCCGCAGCUUUCCGCAAGAGCCCCGAGUAUCUGGAGCUUCGGAAGGAGAUAGAAGCAUAUCAUACCCAGGUUGGUAAGAACAGCCGGUUGAUACAGGAAUUCCGGGACAAUGUACAGCAGAUUCGCUCCCGCUGGGUACCCAAGCUCGCGAUUGCACCUAAUCCACUCCCGAAGCAGAUUUGGAUCACGAUUUUCCGGUACUACCAGUUGUUAUGGGGCGACAAGCGGACCUUUUUGACCAUACUGGCAUUUGUCGUCUUGAAUGCUGUGAUAAAUGGGCCGGCGUACUAUAUGGCUCCGAAGGACGAGACAGGGUCUUAUGAGAAGAGCAGUGCCUUGUUCUUUGCUCUUAUAUAUUUCUAUCUCAAUGCUUUGACUGAGGUUGUCUCGACUGUCAAAUCUCGGAGCAUUCUUCUGAAGCAAGCUCAGUACGGCUUCCUUCAUCCUAGUGCAUUUGUGAUUGCGCAAGCAAUCGCAGACAUACCUAUUGCUUUCUUCCAGUGUCUCGUUUUCUCGUGCCUCUACUACUUCAGCAUUGACCUGCAACGCACGGCAUCCGCAUUCUGGAUAUUUGUCCUCAUUGUGUUCGCUCACUAUACUGCUGUACAAAGUUUGUUCCGCAUGUUGGGAGCUUGGGUUCCUAAUAUUUCGUUGGCCCUAAUGAUGGCAGGUAGUGCCAUCCCCGUUGGUCUGCUUUACUCGGGGUUCGGACCUACCCGGCCAACACAGCAUCGGUGGGGUUCGUGGCUACGUCGCGCAUCGCCAUCGCCCUAUGCUCUUGAGGCACUGAUGGGUAAUGAGUUUACUGGCAUCAAUUUGACGUGCUCAGAAAGCGAAAUGGUCCCGUACGGCUCUUCAUAUACCCAGCUCCAGUACCAGACUUGCAGUAUAACGGGCAGUCUGAAGGCCCACGAUUCCGUUGCCGGUUCGGUAUAUUUGGCAGAUCACUUUGGCUACACCCGCGACCAUCUAUGGCGCAAUUUCGGCAUCAUCGUGGUUCUCUGGUUCCUCUACACCGUAUUGGGUAGCAUUGGACUCACCGUCAUGACCCGCGAAUCUGGAGGAUCACAGAGCCGUAUCUUCAAGUUGUCCAAGCAACGUGAUGAGGAGAGCUUGCCCAAGUCGGCCGCAAGCUCCUCGUCCGCUACGAAGACGGUCUGCGAAGAUGCCCAACCUGACGGUAUGAGAACCGAAGGUGCCCCGGGCAGCACUUUUACCUUUACCGAUGUCAGCUACACUGUCGCACACGAUGGUGAAGACAAGCAGUUGCUGGACAAAGUGAGUGGGUAUGCCCGCCCCGGGCAGCUGACAGCCCUAAUGGGUGCCUCGGGAGCUGGCAAGACUACCCUGCUGGACACGCUUGCGCAGCGCAAGAGAACCGGCAAGAUUGAAGGAACUUUUCGACUUAAUGGUGAAAUGUUGGAUGAGUCCUUCGAGCGCUCAUGUGGAUUUGUAAUGCAGCAGGACAUUCAUGAACCGUUCGCCACCGUACGCGAGGCGUUGGAAUUUUCGGCACACUUGCGCCAGCCCGCGCACAUCUCAAACGAGGAUAAGAUGGCCUACGUCGAGCAUAUUAUUCAUCUUCUUGACCUCGAGAAUAUUGCAGAGGCAUUGGUAGGCCAGCCGGGAGAUGGACAGCUUAGCGUCGAAGAGCGUAAGCGUGUCACUAUCGGAGUCGAACUUGCGGCACGGCCUAGUUCGCUCUUGUUCCUCGAUGAGCCUACUUCCGGACUUGACAGCCAGGCCUCAUUUGAGCUCGUGCUCUUCUUGCGUCGUAUCGCAGCUGAAGGUAUCCCUGUCGUGUGCACAAUUCACCAGCCGUCCGGUGUGCUCUUUGAUAUGUUCGACCAAGUUCUGCUCCUCGCCCCAGGAGGCCGGACCGUCUACUUUGGCGAGACGGGUGAAAAUUCCUCAAAAGUGGUCGAUUAUUUCGGGCGUCAUGAUGCUACAAUUGGCAGCGACACUAACCCCGCUGAAUUCAUCCUCUCGACUGUCACGUCCAAGAACGAAGGCUCGCUGGACUGGCCGGCUAUAUGGCGUGCCUCCGCUGAAAACCAAGCCCUGGAAGCAACUAUUACGCAGCUUAACUCCACCGUCGCCAGUAAGGAGACAAAGAUCAACCCUUCGCAGCUUUACGCAUCCUCCUCGCAGAACAAAUACGCUCUAUCCCUCUUGGCCCAGACCAUCGCAGUCACCAAGCGCCACUGGAUUUCUGUCUGGCGGGACGGGAUGUACAACUUCAGCAAAAUAGCCAAGUCCCUCUUCGUCUCCAUGUUCAUAGCCUUCAGUUUCUUCCACGCCGGAUACACCCUCCAAGGUCUACAAAACCAGAUGAUCGCCCUGCUCCUACUCUCCUGGAUUAUCCCCACCACCUGCGCCGAUCUCCAGGACCUCUGGUUCCGCAAAUGGGCCAUCUUCACAGCCCGAGAGCAGAACGGUAUCUACGACUGGCGCGCACUUCUUACCGCGUUGAUUGUUGUCGAAAUACCGUGGCAGCUGUUCACCUAUACAUUGGUCUACCUAGCCACCUACUGGACCGUGGGCUAUCCAAACGAAACCCCUAUUGCCGGACUCUACUACUUCAUGUGGAUCCUCCUCGGUAUUUUCGGAACCGGAUACUCCCACCUCCUAGCUGCGCUCUUCCCAUCCGCAACUCUAGGCGGGUACGCUAAUUCCCUCUUCUGGGUCGUCCUUAUGAUUGUUUCUGGAGUCUUGACUCCCCAUGCAUACCUGAACGAUUUUUACCGCCCCUGGCUGUUUUGGAUCGAUCCCAUGCGCUACUUCUUCGGCGCUUCGCUCGGUUCGGUCCUUCACGGCGUUGCGGUUGAGUGUUCCUCGAGUGAUCUCGUCGUAUUUGAUGCUCCUCCAGGCAGUACUUGUGGCCAGUAUGCGGCGGCCUUCUUGGGGAGGAACCCAGGCUACAUCGUUAAUCCGAACGCGACGGCAGAUUGCUCGUAUUGUCCGUUUUCGGUCGGUGAUGAGUAUCUGGACACGUUGGAUUAUUCGUAUGGGCAGCGCUGGUGGAAUUGGGCGGUUUUUGUGGGCUUUUGCUGUACGAACUUUAUGUUGGUUUAUGUGGUGGUGUGGUUCACUAAGGGGAGGGGGCAGAGACGUGCUUGA